AUACUUAAGAAGAAGUUUCCAUACAAUGUGAGUUUUUAAAACCGCAUUUGUUUAAUUUUUAUUAUUUUAAGUUUUUAAUUUUUGAGGACAAAAUUAAAUAAAAAUGGUGUCCAAAAAACUGGAAUAUGAUUCCUCUCUGGGAGGACCAGUGGUGCUAGGCACGCAUAUGCCCACCUAUAAGUAUGCAGCGUCUGCCUUAAAGGAACUUAAGGAGUUGGUCAAUGCGAACAAACAAAGUAAUUCAAAUAAAUUAGUAUUCCAAACGCUACCCAAGCACAUGAGGCGGAGAGCCAUGUCUCAUCAUCCUAAAAGAUUACCGCGUAAAUACCGAGCAGCUCAUAUACAUCAAAUGUCCAAAUCUGGUAAACCACAAGCUACCAAGAGACCAUCUCGAAAGCACCGAAGAAGGCCGCAAAAUCUGCUGAAAGACUACUUAAGACGGCAAAGAAAACACAAGUGGUUGGAAACACAUAUUUGGCAUGCCAAAAGAUUUCACAUAAUAGAAAAAUGGGGCUAUAAGCUUCCCUAUGCAAGUUGUGAUAAAACUUUCAGGGCCUGUUACAGAGCUACUGCCGAACACUGUCUGGUGCAAGAUAUUUCAUUCUAUGCUUGUGUAGAAUUACAAGGUAGUGUGGAGGAGCUGUCGCAAGGCUUCCAACGAUUAACCAGCCAUGAAUGUGGUUUAUCUUUAACCGCAAAAACUUAUUUAAAUGGUAGACGAGAGGGUUGUAUAGAUAUAUUCAAAGCUGAUGCAUAUCCUUAUAAUGCUUUGGGUAAAGUCAGUUUUUUGUGGCGUUUUAAGGAUGAACAAUUACAAGAUAAUGACAAAAGAAACCUAUGGCUGUGGAUUCAUCCAGGGGCUUAUAAUAUUGUUCUAGAAGAAAUAAUUAAAGUUUUUGAUUUAAAGUCUUCCAAGACUUGUAAAGUGCCUUUAGAAGUUACAGAGGAAGUCGAGCAAAUGUCAACUAGUACGCAACAAGGUAAGACUGCCAACAGAGAUAUAAAAGUAGCAGUAAAAACACAAAGACGUUUACAAUUUAUGACACGAACUACUGCCAGAGAAAAUAUACCACACUAUAAGAAUACCGAAGGAUCUGUGGAACUUAAGGAACUUAAAAAUACUUUAAAUAGAUUUAGGCUUACAGGACCACUGGCACAAGCUAUUUUAAAUCGAGCUUUUAAAGUAAAAUCUUUAAACAAAGAUUUGGAGCAAGAAAAUUCUUGGGUAAAGGAUGCUAACAAGUAUGAUAACAAUCUACUUAAACAUCAUGAGAGACAACAACAGUUUUGGACCAAAUGUCAGGAUUAUAUAACCUCUCCAGCAGAAUUAUUAUCAAAUAUGGUUUUGGCACUGAAUAUAGAGGAUCCUCGUAUACAUAGACCACAAAAACGUUCAAAAGCUGUUUGUGAGCCAAAACAGCAGGCUUUUCUCGAAGCCAGCGAUCUUCUGUUGGAUGUAAAACCUGAAUUAAGUUUUUCCGCUUUGUGGUGUGAUCAGUUAAGAAAUCGUAUCGUUUCUGAAAUGUUGAGUACUCAUGAGUAUUGUUCGCUAAGAGCUAAACAUGUUAUAGUACCGGGAAAAUCUUGUCAAUUCGAGGAAACUAUGCAGCCAGUUCCUGUCAUAUUAAUACAACGACCCGGCUCGCAAAACGCCAAUUACAAACGUUUGGGCUAUGGAUGUGGUUGGGAUGUCAUUGCACCGGCGGGCUAUGGCAUGUCAAUAUGGUUAUCGUUGAUUAUGUGGGGUGCAAAGCCUGGCGGUUUACGAGAAUUCAAUUCAUUAGCUAGAGAAAUGGGAACCGAGGAACAUUUACCGGAUACAGUGGCUGGCCUACAUGCUGCUUCCGAUCGUUAUAAUGAAUUAUUUACCAAAUACUUUCGUUUACCACCCAAUAAACGCUGCAAUUAUCGUAAAUUUGCUAUUGUAUCACCAUUUCGUAUACCUUUUCAAGAACUAGUACGUGAUUGGUGUCCUCCAAAUGCAUGUAAGAAUAGUAAAGAGUUUUUCGUUUUAAGAGCUCGUCAAAAGCUGCAGGAUUUGGCAGAAUGUGUAAAAAAAUCGAGUCUAUUUAAAUUUCCCAAAUCACUAUCACCUCAAUGCCUAAUACAAGUCAAAUUGAUCAUGAAGUCAAGAGGAAAUCCCAAAGAUUUUUCAGUUAUAUGUUUGCCUACAAAAAAAGAUUUAAAGAGAAACUUAAAACAAAUAAAAUUAAACAAUCGUGAACCGGUAUUUGUGGAGCCUCUGCUAGCCGAUACCAACGAAAAGGAAAGACAUCAAUUGCGUAUGCAGCAUAAAAAACUACUGAAACGUUUAAGAGCAAAGAGAGUAAGAGAGAAACGUAAAAAGCAAGAAACUAGCUGCACUAGGGUGUACAUAAGAGCUGCUGGCACUUCAACCUUAUGUUUAGAGCAAUUUAAGAAAAUGUGUCAAUUAUGGCUGCCACAAGAUACCUCAACAUUAUUUAGCGUACGCAAACAAGGUACUCGUGAAUGUUUUGGUUAUUGUUCCAUCUCGAAUUUUUGCUUAACUGAAGGUACUGUGGGCGCCACUGCUUAUAUUACUGGCGAAGGUUUAAAGCAUUUAUUGAAAUUAUGCCAACAGUGUCAUUUAAAACAACCACUUUGUUUAGUACGUUCAGCGAAUAGUCGUAAUUAUCGCUUUGCGCAAUUUCAAAUUAAUUUAGAAGUUUAAUAAAUAAAAAUAAAACAUGGAAAGUA